AUGAUUGGAACAAAAGAUAUUAAAGAAAAUAACAUUAUAACAGUCAGCUCUAAAGGCUAUGAGAAUGGCUCACUUGGGCAAGAAGAACAAAGAGUUCUUACUUUGGAAGACGUCACCCCAAAAUUAGACAAAUGGUGGUUCCAGUACCCUCAUUUGUUAAAAUUGAACGUAUUGUUAGGAUGUGCGCUGCUUGCUCAGGUUACUUUAGGUUAUGAUGGUAGUAUGAUGGGUAAUUUGCAAACAUUACCAAGUUGGUCAGCAUAUUUCAAUAAACCACAUGGUCAAAUUUUGAGUACUAUGACGAAUGGUAUCACCAUUGGAGCAAUGGCUGUUACUCCAUUUUUGACUGCUAGUGGUGACAGAAUGAAAAGAAAACAUGUACUUGCAGGUGCAAUUCUAUUGACUAUUCUUGGUGCUGCAUUGCAGUCUGCUUCAGUUAAUUUUGGUAUGUUUCUCGCUGCACGUAUGAUUCUUGGUUUUGGUUCUGGUGGAAUGCAAGUUUCUGCUGCUCCAUUGUUGGCAGAGACAGCUUACCCAUCUCAGAGACCUAUUUUGACAAGUAUGUUGCAGGCUGCCUUUCCAGUAGGUUCAUUCAUGGCAGCACUUUUUACUUGGGGUCCUUAUCAAUCUAGUAUGAAGUACAACAACUGGUCAUGGCGCUUACCUUCGUUGCUUCAAGCUGUUGUUCCAUUAAUCCAACUAGUAUUAGUUUAUUUCUGUCCAGAAUCUCCUAGAUGGCUAAUUGCACACGGGAAAGAAGACGAAGCUUUUGAAAUUUUGACUAAAUACCAUGCUGGUGGUGACAGAAACAGUGAAUUAGUUAAAUUCGAAAUGGCUGAAAUUAGUGCUGCAAUCUCCAGAGAAAAGAUCGGCAAAAAGGUUUCUUGGUUGACAUGGUUUUCAUCAAAAGCAAAUAUGCAUAGAUUAUUUAUCACGCUUGCAUUGCCAUCGAUUCUUCAAUUGUGUGGUUCCUCGCUUAUUGCUUAUUAUUUCUCAAUUGUUCUUCAGGAUAUUGGUAUUACCGAGCCAAGUGACAAGUUAAAGAUUAAUAUUGGUUUAACACUUUUUGGUGGUGUUUGUGCACUUGUUUUUGCUAUUUAUUCUGCUAAGUGGAGACGGAAAGUUGUAAUGCAAGUUUCUCUUGGUGGAAUGUGCAUAAUAUUCAUUAUUUGGAUAGUGUUGGCAGACAUAAACGAAAAAACACAAUUCAAGAAUAAGGCAUUGGGUCGGGGAAUUAUUGCACUCCUCUAUUUCGAUAUGGGAUUUUAUCAUGCUUUCUCUCCAAUUGGAAACACAUAUGUUAUGGAAAUUGUCCCUUAUACUUUGAGAGGAAAAGCUUCUAUAUUGUAUUCCUUGGCAAGUCAAGUUUGGAUUUUUUUCAACAACUACGUGAACAAUCUUGGAAUGGAUUCCAUUGGAUGGAAAUACUAUAUUGUUUACUGUAUUUUAUUGUUCACGCAUAUGGUCGUGAUUCAAUUCACCUUCCCAGAAACUAGAGGAUUGGGAUUGGAAGAGGUUGCAAAGAUCUUCGGAGAAGAUAUUUCUGACUUGAUGUUCAAAGCUCAACAAGCUAUUGUUGAACCAGAAUCACCAACAAAGAGGAAGGCUGAAGUGGAGCACAUUGAAGAUACUAAAUCUAAGACAUCGGAAACAUAA